UAAUCAUUUGGAAAAUGCAAAGUUCUUUGUUAGUUUGUUUCGAUAGAUGCAUUGCUAACUCAAAGCGAUACAAGUGAAGUGUUGCCGCGCCUCAGGCAGGACAGCUCCUUCCCAGCAUUCCUUGAUAAACUUACCUGGAGUUACGAGGAGGGCCUCUCUGAUCGAGUCGCUCCGCAACUCUAGCGAACGACUGUACCAACGAAGAAGAGAGAGAGGUGAAAGAUCGCGUGCAUUUCUAUUUGACGCACACGACUUUGUAGUGUCCAGUUACGGAUGAUGUAGCUGCGCGUUUGGAUGUGUCGAAUUCUUCUGUAAGUGUUGCCAGUUGAAAGUAUGUGUGUACAGUUCAUCUACAGGUAGUUUUAUCUACCCGCUGGUCGGGAUUGUCAUAGCAGAAUCGAGUGCCAGAACUUGUUAAAUCCAUAUUUCCAAAGUGGAUAUUUUAUUCUACCUCAUGUCAAGAAGUAACUCAGUAAUAUGUACAUACAUCGAAAAAUUAAAUAUGACUGCAUAAACUGUCAAAAAUUUGUGUUAUCAAAUAGUUCGCCAUGCGAAAGCUUUCCAGGAUAUAUUCUGGACCUGUGGUGCUUACUUAGGUGGUACAAAACAUGCAAUUCUGUACAUAUUUACAAAGUGCCUUAUACAAUGUUACCUCAUUGUUUUUGUUCCUGAAUCCUAAAUUGUAUAUGCUGUACGUGAUGAAGAUGUGGACUUCAUUGUUACUUAUACAUCUGUUGUGUGUUAAUGGUGCUCUUCCUAUCCCCUACGCCAAUAAAGUAGCGGAACAAGAAAAAUAUUUUACGAGAGGAAAAAUAUGUAUUGGUACAAAUGGAAGAAUGUCUGUUCCUUCGAAUCGCGAACAUCACUAUCAAAAUUUACGAGACAGAUAUACGAACUGUACAUACGUGGACGGAAAUUUAGAAUUAACAUGGAUACAGGAUGAAAGCUUGGAUUUGUCAUUCUUAAAAGAAAUAAGAGAAGUUACUGGAUAUGUUUUAAUAUCACAUGUUAAUAUUAAAAGAAUUAUUCUUCCGAAACUUAUGAUUAUCAGGGGUCGUACCUUAUUUAAAUUGAAUGUCAGAGAAGAACAGUUUGCACUUUUGGUCACUCUCAGUACAAUGGAUAAUUUAGAAAUGCCUUCUUUAAGAGAUAUUUUGUCGGGAAGCGUGGGAUUUUUCAACAAUUAUAACCUUUGUCAUAUGAGAACAAUAAAUUGGGAAGAAAUUCUUACUGGAUUGGGAGCCAAAAUUAUUUAUGUUUAUAAUUUCACUCAACCAGAAAGAGAAUGUCCUCCUUGUGAUCAGUCUUGUCCUCAUCAAUCUUGCUGGGGAGAAGGGUCAGAAAAUUGUCAGCAAUUUUCAAAAAUUAACUGUUCCCCUCAAUGUCAUCAAGGGCGUUGUUUUGGUCCCAAACCAAGAGAAUGCUGUCAUUUAUUUUGUGCAGGUGGUUGCACUGGACCAACUAUGAGUGACUGUUUGGCUUGUCGGAAUUUCUACGAUGACAGUGUUUGCAAACAAGAAUGCCCUCCAAUGAGAAGAUAUAAUCCAGCAACUUAUUCCUGGGAGAGUAAUCCUGAUGGAAAAUAUGCUUAUGGAGCAACAUGUGUUAAGACGUGUCCAGAACAUUUGUUGAGAGACAGUGGUGCUUGUGUUCGAUCUUGUCCUCCAAACAAAAAAGCAGAAGAUGGUGAAUGUGUACCAUGUGAUGGUCCUUGUCCUAAAAAUUGCCAAGGAGUUGACGUUGUUCAUGCAGAUAAUAUUGAUAGUUUUAGAAGAUGUACCAUUAUAGAAGGAUCUCUCACUAUUCUUGAUACAUCGUUUGGUGGAUUUCAAGAAGUUUAUAGCAAUUUCACAUUUGGUCCUUUACAUGGAAAAAUGCAUCCAAGUAAAUUAGAAGUAUUCAGUACAUUAAAAGAAGUAACUGGCUUUGUUAGUAUACAGGGUUCUCAUCGAGAUUUUACAAAUUUAAGUUAUUUUCGCAAUCUGGAAAUCAUAGACGGAAGACAAUUGACAGAAUUAUCAGCAGCAUUGUAUAUAGUGAAAACAUCUCUUAAAUCACUAAAUUUGCAUUCUUUGAAGAAAGUGAAAUCGGGAAUAAUUGCAAUUUUGGAAAAUCAAGAUUUAUGUUUUGCUAAUUCUAUUGAUUGGAACAGAAUUACACAUUCAGGUUCAAACAACAAUAAUAAUUUCCUGGAGAGAAAUGCUGACAAAGAUACUUGUAAACGAAAUGGUCUAGUAUGUGAUCCUCAAUGUUCUAAGGAUGGUUGUUGGGGUUUAGGACCAGAAGAAUGUCUUUCAUGUGCUUCCUAUCGUUUAGGUGAUACUUGUAUAGAAAGUUGUAAUACUUCCAAAGGAAUUUAUGAUGCAGGAAAUAAAGAAUGUAAACCAUGUGAUGAAGAAUGUCUUGGUGAAUGUUAUGGACCAGGUCCUGGAAAUUGUAGUCAGUGUCGUCAUGUCAGAGAUGGACCAUAUUGUUAUGCUGAAUGUCCUGAAACAAAGUAUAAUGAUAAUGGUGAAUGCCUGCCCUGUCAUAAGAAUUGCAUUGGAGGAUGUACUGGUCCAGAUAAUACAAUUGGAGGACAAGGAUGCAUCUCUUGUGAAAAAGCUAUUGUUAGUGCAUUUGAUCCUAAUGUUGUUGAACAAUGCCUUAAAGCUGAUGAACCUUGUCCUGAUGGUUAUUAUCCUGAUUACAUUGGUCCUCAGGAAGAGGGCCCAUUGAAAUCUCUAACUGGAAAAUCGAUUUGUCGAAAAUGUCAUCAACGAUGCAAAAAUUGCACAUCUUAUGGCAUUCAUGUUUCUAUGUGUGACUGUUUGCACUACAGUGCAGGAGAACAAUGUGAAGAUAGAUGUCCAAGAGAUCAUUUUGCAGAUGAAGCAAAUCAUCAAUGUGUAAAAUGUGCAGAAGAAUGUAGAGGCUGUUAUGGGCCUACUACAGUAGAAUGUAUAGCAUGCAGAAAUUAUCGCAUAUAUAUUGGACAAAAUCUUUCAAUGUUUAAUUGUACUGCAUCCUGUCCAUCUGAUAAGCCAUAUAAGAAAUUUGAUGAGAAUACUGAAGAUCCGUAUUGUACUGAUGUUGAUCCUUCAUAUUUUGCAGUACAUGGAAUGGAUGAAAACCACAUUCCCGCUAUUUUGGGAGGUGUUGUAGGAUGCUUAUUACUUUUUGGUGGAUUCUUAGCAUUUUUCAGUUACCAGUGGUUGCAAAGAGCAAAAACCAAAGAAAAUACAAUGAAAAUGACAAUGAGAAUGACUGGCUUUGAAGAUAAUGAACCAUUGAAACCAUCCAACAUUAAACCAAAUUUGGCAAAAUUAAGGAUUGUGAAAGAAGCUGAAUUAAGAAAAGGAGGAAUUUUAGGAUAUGGAGCAUUUGGUACUGUUCAUAAAGGGGUUUGGGUUCCUGAAGGUGAAAAUGUCAAAAUACCAGUAGCUAUUAAAGUUUUACGAGAAGGAACUUGCCCUAAUACUAAUAAAGAAUUUUUAGAGGAGGCUUAUAUAAUGGCUAGUGUCGAUCAUCCGAACUUGCUUAAAUUAUUAGCUGUUUGCAUGGCAUCACAAUUAAUGUUGGUAACACAAUUAAUGCCUCUUGGUUGUCUUCUUGAUUAUGUACGUAACAAUAAGGAUAAAACUGGUUCAAAACCAUUGUUAAACUGGUGUGCUCAAAUAGCAAGAGGAAUGGCUUACCUGGAAGAGAGGCGAAUGGUUCAUCGAGAUCUUGCAUUGAGGAAUGUCUUGUUGCAAACACCUGGAUGUGUUAAAAUAACUGAUUUUGGUUUAGCUAAGUUAUUAGACAUUAAUGAAGAUGAAUAUAAAGCAGCUGGUGGGAAGAUGCCCAUAAAGUGGUUGGCAUUAGAAUGUAUUCAACAUCGUAUAUUCACACACAAAAGUGAUGUUUGGGCUUUUGGUGUGACUGUUUGGGAAUUGCUUACCUAUGGAGGUCGACCAUAUGAAAAUAUUUCAGCACGUGAAGUUCCUGAUCUUUUAGAAAAGGGAGAACGCUUACCACAGCCACCUAUUUGUACUAUUGAUGUUUAUAUGAUUAUGAUCAAAUGUUGGAUGUUAGAUGCAGAAUCAAGACCUUCUUUUAAAGAACUUGCUGAUGAAUUUGCUAAAAUGGCUCGUGAUCCAGGUCGUUACUUGGUCAUUCCAGGAGAUAAACUCAUGCGUUUACCUAGUUACACUCCACAAGAUGAAAAAGAAUUAAUUCGUACCCUCAGUAUGCCAAAUGAAGGUCCAGAAAUUGUAAUGGAUGCUGAAGAAUAUUUGCAGCCCAAAUUACAACCAUCUACGACUGAUACAGCUCAACCUCCUACACCAGUCACUAAAUUUAUGGAUGAAAGAGGAUUUGAUGGUGAAUUAACAAAUGAGUCUCUUAACAAUUCCCCCAAUCUUCAUCAUAAUCAGUCAAAUCGUAAAUAUUCCUAUCUUGAAGGAACCAACAUGAACAACAUUCCUGGACAUCCUUGGACUAAUAGCAUUAAUUCCAGAUAUUGUUCAGAUCCCCUUAAAGUUUUGAAUAAAGAAGGUGAUAAUGGCCUCUCUAUAUACAAUUGUCCUACAUUGCCAAAAGAUACAAAAACUAGACAGUUGGAAUUGCAAGUAGAUGAAGAUGAUUAUUUGAUGCCAUCUCCACAAUUGCACAAUCAUUCUGCAGGGUAUAUGGAUCUCAUUGGUGAUACAAAAUUUACUGACCCAAAUGACGUUCAUCCCAAAGAUUAUUCUUGUUACAUGCCUGACUUUGUUCCUGUAAAAUCUCCUGUUCAAGGCCUGGAUAAUUUGGAAUAUCAUAUAAUGAACAGGGACCAUGAUUAUAUUAAUACACAAUCGUUACCACGAAGAAAUAAUAGUAGUGACGAAGACAUAGAUGAGCAUGAAUACUAUAAUGAUUAUGAUAGACUGAAGCGAGAACUCCAACCGCUGAAUCACUGUAGAAGUGAAACCACAGUGUGAAAAAUUAUGUUAAUCUAUUGCACGAAAGACAUACAGAACAGUUCUAAUGCUGUCUGUCAGAUUUUUAUUCUGAUGGCCAAAUUUUAUAACUUAGUGCUCUACAGCAUAAUUUAGCAGCCAAUUUGCUAUUUAUACAAAAGGACAUCAGUGUGGUAUUAAAGAAAACAAAGAAGAGAGGACCAAUUUGCCAGCAUUUGUUGUACAUAUCCAUGCUGAAGUGCCUUAUUUUUCAUACGUGUAGAUUUUUGUGUUCAUCUUUACUUCAAAGUGCCUGUUUUAAAGACAUUUUUAAAAUGAACUCAGACAGGAAUCGUCAAUCACUGUAACAGUUGAUGAAGCGGACCAUUUUUUUUAUUCCACAAAGUAUUAGGACUACCAGCAAAAACGAACUGAAGUGCCAUAUUGUACAGAUUGCAAGUUAUUUUUUUUUUUUUUUUUGUGUUUUGAUAAAUCUUAUGGCAUGAUGAAAUAAGGAGCUAAAUCGUUUUAAUUAUGUUGUAAGCAUUCCAUAAAAAUGUACAAAUAUUCUAAUGUCUGGUACUUAACAGAAAACAGAAUAUACUUAAAAAACUACUUAUGUUUUUUAUAAUGCUGUGAUUUUAUUGCAAUUUGUUACUAUAAAUUUUUUAAUAUUUUGGAAAAUUUUUUAAAGUGCUGGAAUAUAAAAUAUUCAAAGAUUUUUUUUUAAUAAUAGAAAAUAGUCCACUUUCCAACUGAUGUGCGCGUUGUGUAGAAUGUCUACAUAAUUCUUUGAUGUCAGUGAUGUUUUUGUAUAGUGAAAAGCAGAAAACUGCAUAAGGGUUGUGGAUGUAUAUUUUUGCAUAAGAUAUUUUUAUGUGGUAAUAAAUAAACUAUGUAGUUGUACUGAUGACUUA